UUGCUGUAAAAACCCUUAUCAACCGAGUUUUUAAUGAACUGAAUUUUUAAUCAAAACAUUAGUUUCUUUUAUACUUACAUUAGUAUGUGCUUUACAUGUUAAUUUAAAUAUUUUUCUUAUGAUCCGUAAUUUAAGUGAUUUAAAUAUUCUCUGUAAUUGAAAAUGUCACAAUUAAGCAAGCCCAGUAUUGAUCUUGGUUUGAACUUCUUGAAAAAAGUUGGUUCUGAUUCAACCAAUUUACUUUUGUCACCAUUAAGUGUUAUCAUGGCCUAUGGAAUGGCACUCGAAGGAGCCGCUGGUGAAACUGCAAAACAAAUCAGAACAGUUUUGAAUCUGGAUAAAGUUGAUAGCCAACAAGGAGAUGUUUCAAAAAUAAUCAAACAGCACAUGGAAAAAUAUCUGAAGAAUAAGAACUCUACUUCUGAAGAGAAAAAAUGCCUAUUAGAGUUUGGCAAUUUACUUAUGGCUAAUAAGGAUUUCAGGCUUCAAAAGACUUUUGUUCAAAACUUACAAACUAACUAUUCUGCCAAUGCAUUCAAUGAGGAUUUUACUGAUGGCCAAAAUAUUCUAGAAAAAGUCAACUCUUGGGUUUCUGAAGCUACAAGAAAUAAAAUUUCAACGAUUCUCGACAAACCACCACAACCUGACGCUGUGUGUUUGCUAGUGAAUACAAUUUAUUUCCAAGCUAAUUGGUUAAAACCUUUUUAUGAAGAUUCUACGGAAGAGAAGAUAUUCACCAAUUCAGAUGGAUCAACAACUAAGAUUAAGAUGAUGACUCUUUCAGAUGAUACCUUUAAUUUUGCAGAAUGUCUAGAAAAAAAAUUAAAGAUUGUCGAGAUUCCAUAUUUUGGAAAUAUUAGCAUGGUAUUGAUCCUUCCAACUGGUGACAACAAUUUAAAAAAGAUGAUUGAUAAUUUGGACUCAACGGAGCUUUUCAGUUUGAUAGACUCCAUGUCAAGAACACGUUUGGGUACUUUAACUAUACCGAAAUUCAAACUGGAAGAUAAUCAUCAACUACACAAAAUUUUACCAAGAAUGGGAAUGACUCGACCAUUCCAAAUGAAUGCUGAAUUUCCAAGAAUUACUGAAGGGUCUUUACCAUUAUACAUAUCAAAAUCAAUACAAAAAGCUUUGAUUGAAGUCACUGAGGCUGGUACCGUAGCAACUGCGGCAACUGUAAUCGGAUUCGUAGCCACAUGUGCACCUCCCUUUCAGCAGCAAAAAGUCUUAAAUUUUAUAGCGGAUCGUCCAUUUCUUUUCUUCAUUCGUGAUAAUCUAACAAAAGUCAAUCUAUUCAUGGGUCAAUUGAAUAAUAUAACUUCUCAGCAAAUCAUUCAGUCUAGUAUUGAUUUCGGAUUGAAUUUCUUAAAACAAAUUAGUUCUCAAUGUGAUUCAACAAAUGUACUUUUAUCGCCUUUAAGUGUUAUUACUGCCUAUUGUAUGGCAUUGGAUGGAGCCGCUGGUGAAACAGAGCAACAGAUCAAAAAGGUUCUCAACUUGGAUAAAAUAAAUGGCCAAUCGGAAGAUAUUUCUCAAUUAAUCAAACAGGUUAUUGAAAGCUAUCAGAUACCUGCAACUGAUCGAUCGAAACAAGAAUCCAUUCUAAAGUUUGGUAAUUUACUCAUGGCCAAUAAAGAUUACAAGUUUCAGAAAGCUUAUGUUCAAAUGCUGAAGACCAAUUAUUUCGCUGACGCAUUUAAUGAGGAUUUUACUGAUGGCCGAAAAAUAGUGGAAAAAGUGAAUUUGUGGGUUUCUAAAAAUACAAAAAAUAAGAUCACUUCUAUUCUCGAUAAGCCUCCAAGUCCACUUGAUGUUCUGUUGCUAGUGAACACAAUCUAUUUCGAAGGAAAAUGGUUGAAGCCUUUCUCUCAAAAGCUUACAAAAGAUGAUAUAUUCCACAAUUCGGAUGGAACGACAGUCAAGACCAAGAUGAUGACCCUGUCAGAUGGAUGCUUCAACUAUGUUGACCGACAUGAUAAACAAUUAAAGAUUGUCGAGAUUCCAUAUGUUGGAAAUAUCAGCAUAAUAUUGAUCCUUCCAACUGAGGACAACAAUUUAAAAAAGGUGAUUGAUAAUUUGGACUCAACUGAGCUUUCCAGUUUGAUGGACUCCAUGUCAAGAACAUGUUUGGAUACUUUAACUAUACCGAAAUUCAAACUGGAAGAUAAUCAUGAAUUACACAAAAUUUUACCAAGAAUGGGAAUGACUCGACCAUUCGAAAUGAAUGCUGAAUUUCCCAGAAUUACUGAAGGAUCUUUACCAUUAUACAUAUCAAAAUCAAUACAAAAAGCUUUGAUUGAAGUCACUGAGACUGGUACCGUAGCAACUGCGGCAACUUAUUUAGGACCCAUGACGACAUGCGUCUCUUUCUCGGGGCAGCGUAAAGUGGUCAAUUUUAUAGCGGAUCGUCCAUUUCUUUUCUUCAUUCGUGAUAAUCUAACAAAAGUCAAUCUAUUCAUGGGUCAAUUAAAUAAUAUAACUUCUCAGCAAAUCAUUUAAAUUCAACAUAUUCAAUAAAUUGAUUUCAUUGCUCCAAA